UCUACUUCUUGUUUCACUACAAAUAAACGGAAUUAAAUUUGUAGAGUGGACGGAUCUGCUCAUCUCCAUUUCAAUUCGAUGUUCAUGAACAAAAAAUUUUGGUUGGGUUUGCUCGUGAGGUUGUAUCAGCUGAUUCAUUAUCGUUAUGCUUAUCAGCUUGUCUGAAUGCAUUUGAUUCGUUUGGUUUUGAAUGUGAGUCGGCAAUGUAUUAUCCGGUUGAUUCGGAAUGCAUCCUAAACACCGAAGAUCGUCUGGAUCGACCUGACUUGUUUGUGGAUGAAUUAGAUGACAACGUCAUUUAUCUGGAUAACAAUUGCGCUGGAUCGCAAUGCUAUGCUCCAUACAUCACACAGUAUAUUGCCGUUGCAAAUCGCCAGUUAGCCAAUGAACUUGAUAGACAACUAAUAGCUGAUCGUGAAUCCUGCGAAUCAUUAUGUACUCAGCGACUAUCCACAACGGCAAACGACUUCAAUUGUAAAUCAUUCAUGCAUAAUCCGGAUAACAAUAUUUGCAUACUUUCUGAUGAACGUUCUAAACCACUUGGUCGGGGAAAUCUUGUGAAAGCCGAUGGUUUCACAUAUUAUGAGAAAAAAUGUUUCGCAUCGCCAAGAACAUGUCGGAAUGUGCCGUCAUUUGAGCGCGUACCGCAAAUGAUAUUAGUUGGUUUUGCUGCAUUUGUUAUGGAAAAUGUACCUUCGGUAACGAUGUGCCUUGAUCAGUGUACAAAUCCUCCACCGGAAACUGGAGAAAAUUUCGAAUGCAAAUCUGUGAUGUAUUAUUACAACGAGCAAGAAUGUAUUUUAAACGCUGAAACAAGAGAAAAUAAACCAGACUUGUUUAUACCAGAAGGAGAAGAGUUCCAAGUCGAUUAUUUUGAUAUCACUUGUCAUUUGCACCCUGAAACGUGUCCGAAUGGUACAACAUUACAUACUGUACGUACAGUGAAUGCAGCACUUCCUGAAGGCGAAGGAUCGAUUCAUAUUUUGCAGUCAGCCGGGAAUUCGGUUGCUGAUUGCAUGAUAAAAUGUUACGAAAUGACUCCCGAGAAGUGUCGCGCAUUCAAUUUUGACAAGCAGACAUCUGAUUGUGAUCUAUUAUAUGUUGAUGGGAAGACAACCUUACGACCUACAGUCCAUUCGGGCAUUGAUCUCUACGACCUUCACUGCCUAGAUCAGACAAAAGUCUGCGCACAGCAAAAUGACGUAACACGAUUUUCGAGAUAUUUGUAUAGUAUAUAUGAUGCAGUACCAUCGCAGUUCUACGAAACAAUCGCCCUUACAAAUUGUCUUAAUCUUUGCGCAUCCAACGAGCGUUGCGAAGGUGUAAAUUACAACAGAAGAAAUGGUCGUUGUGAACUGUUUGAUAAGAUUGAGGGAAAUGGAAAACCAAGUGAUUUCACAGACUUUUACAAAAACCUCUGCCUAGUGAAGGAAGUGGAAUCAGAAUAUAGCGCCGCAGCUAACGUCCCCAAACAUCUCCUUCAGAAUGUUUCGCAUCCUUCAGAAGCUCAGAAACAAGAAGCUAAAUCACAAUUUAUCGUAGCAAAAAAAAAGCCUUUCCUACGCGAGCAGGAAGCGCAGCGACGAGCUCCAGAAGCUAUAACUAAGUCUACUGCAGCUUCCGGAAGAUCGUCAGCUGAUGCUACAUUCACAAUUUCUUCAUCCGGAAGACUUCCAGGAGCUGUAGUGCAAAUCGCUCCGGAUGCGGUACAAACAAUUUGCAAUUAUGAGGGCAUCAAAGUGCAGGUGAGAAAUACAGAAGCAUUCUCAGGAGUGAUAUUUGUUAAAAACAGGUAUGAAACCUGUCGAGUAGAGGUUACGAAUAGUGAAAGUGCAGUGCUAGUAAUUGGUUUACCACCAAAUUUCGGUUCAAAAAUGGUGGUUGACAAAAGGAUCACCACUGACCAGACCAAUAUCCAACAAGCAAUAACCGAAGGCGAUAAACUGAGUAAACUCGGCGAUGAACUGCGCACAAGGCGACAGGCUUUAGAAUUACAAAGGGAUUGCGGAAUUCAGGAUAUGAACAAUGGUACUUAUAAGUCAACGGUAGUUGUCCAAACCAAUAACUUGGGUAUACCUGGAUUGGUAACUUCCAUGGACCAGAUUUUUGAAGUGAGCUGUGAUUACAGUUCAAUGCUCGGUGGAAAAAUUACUGCUGGUGCCAACCUUACAAUUGAUGGUCCCGAAGCAUCUCUUAUUCAACCACGAGGAAAAAUUGAACUUGGCAAUCCAGUGCUAAUGCAAAUGUUGAGCGGACAAGGAGAGUAUCAACCUGUCCUACAAGCAAAACUAGGUGACAUUCUGCAGCUACGUUGGGAAAUAAUGACUAUGGAUGAGGAACUUGAUUUCUUCGUUCGAGAUUGUUUUGCUGAGCCAGGAACUACCACUCUGAAUGCGGGAGAAAAUUUACAACUCAUCGCAAAUGGCUGCCCAACGCCAGCUGUAUCGCAGAAAAUUAUGCCCGAUCCGAUAGAAAUAAUGUCCUCCUCAGUGAAGAUAGCACACUUGCAAGCGUUCAGAUUCGAUUCAUCCAGUGUAGUCAGAAUAACAUGUCAUUUGGAUAUUUGCAUGAAGAGCUGUAAAGAGGUGACGUGCCAACUAGGCAAGGAACAAAAACAAUCAUGGGGUCGUAAAAAGCGCAGUACAGCCAAUUCAGUUACUGACUAUGAAACGGAAAGAUAUAGAAUCCCAAAACUUGCUCAAGCUACAACUUCUGUGAUCAUCAUAGAUCCUCUUCAGCAAGUUGCCGAACCAGCGGCCCUUGCACGAACACAAACUUUCGACCUUGUGCGAGAAGAACCGAAGAUGACGAUAACCGCCCUACCAGGACAGCUAUGUAUGGCCAAAAUAUCGUUAUUUGGUAUUUUUGGUCUUCUCUUCAUUAUUACAACUGUACAGGCUGUUGUUGUUGCUCAUUAUGUAUUUCAAAGGCUAACAGGAAACUACAAGAAGAAAUACUAAGGGCUAGGUUCUUCC